AUGUCAACAACCGAAAUAAAUAAUUCCAACGCAGAUUAUUAUUGGUUAGAAAGAGCUAUAUCGGAAAAUUAUAUCAAAUAUUAUGAUUUUGCAGAGUUCAUUAAUUGGGAAGAAAUCAGCUGCGGUUCUUAUGGUAAUGUUUCCUGCGCUAACUGGAAAG